AUGGGCUUCAAGCAAGCAGUGUCAGACUCUUCUUUGUUCACAAAGGGCAAAGGUAAUGAUUUUGUGGCUUUACUUGUAUAUGUUGAUGAUGUGGUAAUUGCCAGCCCAAACUUAAAUCAGGUGGAACAAAUUAAGAGUCAUUUGGAUGCUGUUUUUCACAUUAAGGACUUAGGUCCUCUAAAGUACUUUUUGGGGCUAGAAGUAGCAAGAAGCAGUAAAGGCAUAUCUGUCACACAAAGGAAAUACACACUAGAAUUGUUUGAAGAUACUGGUUUUCUAAACUGUAAACCAGCCAAAACACCCAUGGCAACAGGAACAAAACUCAGUAAGACAACUGGGAAGAAAAUUGAAGACAUUACUCAAUAUAGAAGGCUUGUGGGAAAGCUAUUGUAUCUUACAAUUACAAGACUAGAUAUAAGCUAUGUUACACAACAGCUAUCUCAAUUCCUAGACUGUCCUACUGAUAUUAAAGGAUUUAGUGAUUCUGAUUGGGCUGCAUGCCUGGACACUAGGAGAUCUGUUACUGGCUAUUGUAUGUUUCUGGACACUACCUUGAUAUCAUGGAAGUCAAAGAAACAACAAACCAUUUCUAGAAGUUCAUCUGAAGCUGAGUAUUGGGCACUUGCAGCAGCAGCCUGUGAGAUACAAUGGCUUAUUUACCUGCUGCAAGAUCUUGAAGUGGAGUUUGAUUCCCCAGCCACACUAUAUUGUGACAGCAAAUUUGCAAUUGCCAUAGCUGAGAACCCAGUAUUCCACGAGAGAACGAAGCAUAUCGAAAUAGAUUGCCAUUUGGUGAGGGAAAAACUACAAAAGAAAAUAUUGAAGCUGAUGCAUGUCACCACUGCAAAUCAACUAGCUGAUGUGUUUACAAAACCUCUUGCUGCUGCUACCUUCUCAAACUUCAUCUCCAAGCUGAGUCUACAUUGCUUGUACACUCCAGCGUGCGGGGGGUUGUCAACAAAUAGCGGUCAAUCCUCAAGUCAACGAGCUGACUCAUCCACAACUUAG